AUGGCCGCUUCCCCGCCGGCGGCCCCAACCACCGCCGACCUCCAGCAGCAAAUUCUUGAUCUCGCCGAAGUCAUCGCCCUCCAAGCCAAGGAGGUUGAAGGUUGCCAUCACCAGAUCAAGCUUCUCAAAACCCGCAUUUCGCAGCUGGAGAACGCCAACAAAGUGCCCAGCAACCGCAGUUCCCUGCGUCGGCCGCAAACACCCGCCAGCAAUACCGCUGCCCUUGAUGCCGACAACUCCCCCAAUCAUGAGGCUGCCGUCGAGCGUCGGCCCAGCACCAACCGCAAACUGGCGCGCAUUCGCUCGCGCAACUCCCGCAAAAAUCUCGCCGCCGAGCUCCAGGAUGAACUGCCAACCCUGGUCAUCAACAAUCAUGCCAACGUUGUUCAUCCGCCCCUUGAUGUCGAAGACCUCAAUACAUUGGAUACGAGCACACCCCUCAACUCGUUGCGCCUCACCCGAGCCUAUGGCUACAAUGGCAAGCUACGCCACGCAGUCGUUUAUCUCCCGAAAACCAAUGAGGUUGCAUUUCCAGUCGGAACUCUUGUCGUCUUGAUCGAUCCGACCACACACGAGCAGCGACUCUACAAGGAGCAUCGGUCUCAGGUUCAAGCACUGGCUCUUCAUCCCGAUGGGGAUGUGAUGGCCUCAGUCGGCACCAUCACCUCUCUGCGCAACCGCCCCGCCAUCCGUUUUUGGGAUCCCGAUACGCUGGCCACGCUGCACACUCUCGAGCACGACAAUCUCAGCGGAGUUGCGCUCCUGCAAUUUUCCCCGGUGGACCCCGACAUUCUCCUGGUGUACCAAGAGCAAGAACAACUGCUGAGCCUGUGGGACUGGCGCAACCAUGUACCCAUGAUCUUUCAGGCGAUGGGCGGCGAUGUUCUCUCGCUCCAUGUCAACGUUACCAGCAACACCAUUGUCACUGCUGGCAAGCGACACCUCAUGUUUUGGACCCUCAGCGCCCAGAAUGACCAGACGGUCACCUUGGCCCCAAAGCGAGCCAUUUUUGGCAAGCGCGAUCGGCCUGCUGCCGUGUUGUGCGCCAUGACGUCUCCCAAAGGCCUCACGGUAACGGGCGACACGUCCGGCGCCAUUCUCGUCUGGACCAAGCCGGUUCCCAAUCAUAAUAUCUCACACCUGAUUGAGAAUGCCCACGAGGGGGGAGUUGGGGCCCUGUGCGCCACCGAGCAGGGGUUUGUCUCUGGUGGCGUCAAGGAUGGCCGCGUGCGCCUGUGGGCCUGGACCUAUGACCUCUUCCCCGUCAACGAUGACGAAUUCAACGAGAUGACCGUGCAUGGCGGUGUCCGCGCCUUGGCAUGUGUCACCGUCGACGGGUUGCCUUAUCUGAGCGACUUUUUCAUUGGCACGAGCACCAACGUCGUUCAGAGCGUGGAUGCAGGCGAGGGCACGGUCAACACCAUUACACGUGGCCACUCCAGUGCCGUUGUGGCUGCUGCCCCGCAGCAAGAGCACUUUGUCACGGCGACGAGGGACGGUGUGGUGGCCAUUGGCUAUGCUACUGGUGUGGUUGAUCUACUGGCUGCUGAUGGCGCUUCUCUAGACGAUCUGAUGCGAGACAGGCAACCCGCUGACGACUGCACGACAACUCUUAGGCUGCUUGCCGUUGGUGCGGAAGAUGGCAUGGUGCGGAUAUACCAGCGAGCGGCCAGUGUCCCGGGCGUGCACGGGCCGACAUACCGACCGCUGGAUGAGAAGACGCAUCAGGUUUUUGCCGACCCCAUCGUGGGUAUCGACAUUUGUGACGCGAGUCAAUUUUUACGCAUCGCCUCGGCCCACACGGUCACGACACGCCGCAUCUCCGACAUGGCGGAACCUUCUGUGGAAACGGCCCGCGCCCUUGCAUGGUCCACGCCGGCCGCGCGCAUAUGCUGGCAAGCUGCAGGGGCCUGGGCGGCCGUGGGCAACGAUGCGGCUGUUUUGGGCCCGGUGGCGCUGCGAGUCGAUUCUGGCAUGCCGCUGCUGGCCAGCGGAGAUCGGACGGGCACGCUGCGUCUCUAUCGCUACCCGGCGCCAGAGGCGGCCGAGGCCUUUAUCUAUGCACAACACAACAAGAGCAUCACCGGUCUGGGCUUCAAUAGGUAUGUGGCUUUGUCAACCCCUGCCGGGCUAGGCCCGUGA